GUGUACUCAUUCAAUUGUAUAGGAAGCAGCAAUACAACUGCCAUCGCCGAUCUAGAUGGCCUCGUAUCCCAUGAUGAUCCAUCCCAACUCGCCACCCAGGUCGAUGCACUCUUCACCACCUUGGAAAACAGAGUAGACCUAUUCAUCAUUGACGCGAGGACGCAUGCUCCUUCUGGCAAGGACCCAAUCUGGAAGAUCCCUCUGAAUGAGUGGGAAAACGACACAUCCCGAGUCGCUCUGCGCAAGGUGUUGUGCCAGGCCAAGUCCUUUCUGCAACGGCAGGCAAAGACGCAUGAGACACAUCCGUGUUCAAUCGUGAUCCUGGGCUACAAAAGCGCUUUUGAAAGCACCCUGGACCAGGUUAUCUUCAAGCUACAGCGGGAUGUGACUCUCCUUCAUGCAAACCAGUCCAUCCAUUUCCUGGACAUUGAACCGAACGCCUACGAUGCUUCUGCGCAAUCCAUCGCAACAGCGAUUGCAAUACUAGCAUCACAGAAGCCCAGCUACACCAUUGUCUCCCUUCAUAACAUCUCUAGCCUCUGCACAUCUAUGAACAAGCCAUCUCAUGCUACGCCCGACCCCAACAAUCCCACCACACAACUGACUCAACCCCCACCCCUUCUAUCAACCCCCAAGCCCAAAGUGAAAAUCGCCCUGUCCUUCGACUUCGACGCGCUGUCCGCCUUCCUCGGCACAGGCGACCACCCCGACAACAAUCUUUCGGACUACAGCACAGGCAUCUUCGCCGGUCGCAUCGGCGCUCUCCGCCUCCUCCGCACCCUCCAAAAACACGGCAUAGCCAACAAAGUCACCUGGUUCAUCCCCGGCCACACAAUGGAGACCUUCGAGGCCACAGUCCGCGAAAUCGUCGCCUCCGGCGCAGAGAUAGGUCUGCACGGGUAUGCGCACGAAGGCGCAUAUCAGAUGACGCCGGUGCAGGAACGCGACGUGCUGACCAAGUGCAUGGAUGUCUGUCAGCGGUUGACAGGGAAGAAGGUACUUGGUUACCGGGCACCGAUGUACCAACUCCGCGAGACGACGAUCGCCCUGCUUCGCGAAUAUGGGUUCCUGUAUGAUUCGUCACUGGGACACCACGAUUCACAGCCAUAUUACGUUCCGGACGAUCCGCCUGUUAAGCCGGUUGAUUUCUCCCAGCCGGCGAGUAGUUGGUUAAAACCCAGCACCGUGUCGGCUAUGGACGACACCCCGCCCGCGGGUUUACACCCCCUCGUCGAGAUUCCAACAGGCUGGAACAACGAGGACAUGAUGGCGUUGCAGUAUUUCCCGCAUCUGCACAAUAGCCACGGGCAUGUGGAUGCGCGGGUUGUGGAGCAGCGGUGGAAAGACAUGUUUCUAUGGCUAUGGGAGAAUGCGGGGAUGGAGGGUGCGCGCGAUGGGAGCUUUGUGUUUCCGAUUCUGAUGCAUCCUGAUACGAGCGGGAUGGCACAUGUUAUUGGGAUGGUGGAUCGGUUUGUGGGUUGGUUGGGGGAGUGGGGAGAUUCGGUGGAGUUUGCGACGUUUGAGGGAAUUGCGAAGGAGUUUUUGCAGAAGGUGAGGGGUUGA